GGAGGGGGGCGCACAUGUGCGCGCGAGCGCGAUCUCUGAUGUGCACUCAGCCUUUUUUUGAGGAUCAGGCCACUUUGGCCCCCGCGCUCGCGCGAGAGGUCCUCCUGCGCUCGCUUUCGCCCAGUUGCUGCCAUGACUCUCGCGCGCGGGAUGCUGGUGGCGGUCGGCGGGCUGCCAGGCCCGGCCCGUCCGGCGCUGGAGGCCGGGGACACUGAGCCCAUGGACCUGAACGGGGUCCGGGCGCAGCUCGUCAGCGCGGACCACGAGACCGGCAAGUGGACCGCCGCGACCUUCGACGGCCAUGUCGUUGCCGUGGACUCGCAGUACUUGCGCGAGAUGGACGGCGAGGAGCUUGCCGACUACGACUUCGUGCUGGGGCCAGCCUCCGAUCUCGACCUAGUGGGCCGGUCGCUGGCGGAGUGCUUGGACGCGAGAGGGUACGCCGUGGUCAAGCUCUUCGUGUCUGCGGACGACGCUGCGGACAUGCUCUCCGCCGCCGCGCAGCUGGAGGACGAGGGCCACUUUGAGCGGCUGGCGGUGGAGUUCGAGCGCGGCUACCUGGGCAGGGACGGGUCGGCCAAGACGCUGCUCCUGGACCCGAGCGAUGAAUCUGCUCCAGGCUACGUCAGGGACUCGCCCCUGCGGGUCAUGGACAUCAACGUCGGUUCCAUCAGCGAUAUGCUCGCUCCCCACACACGGGACAGCCUGGGGUUCGGCAUCUACAGUCGCACCAGCAUGUUGCUGACCAGGCCGCUCGCAGACGGUGACGAUGACAGGUACGCUCCGGCGGAAGUGGACGAUGGCGACGCGGAGGGAUAUUUCCACACCAUGUAUCGAAAGAAGUUGGCGCUGUUGCAGUUCGUGGGCCCCGCCGAGGGCACCCUGACGCUCUUUCCCCUGACCAGCGGCGGCCCUGAAGUGACGCUCCGGGCGGAGCCCCACACCCUCGUGCUUGUGUCUGCCGCUCACUUCGAGUACGAGCACAAGAUGGCCACAGACUCGCUGACGUUGACUUCUUUCUUUUUGAGCGAACCCGCGGUCUUCUCCAUCGAUACGGUCGAGGCCGACCCCGAGCUGCUCCUCAAGAGCCUCAGCUCUGGGCCAGCACCUCCUCUGGGCGAGAAGGUGGCGAUCCAGGCUAUGUACUGCCGAUAUGGCGGCCACUCCGAUGGGCCCGACAAGUUCUGGACCGGCAUCUGCCGGGCUGGAGCGGACGGUGUCACGGAGAUUCCUGAGUUGCGGUGGGACAACACCCCGUACUACGACCCGGACAUGGAGUUCGGGGGCGCCUAUUGCAAGCACGGCUGCUUCGGAAUCCCUGGCGUGGACCUCUUUGACUCCAAGUUCUUCGAGAUCUCGCAGGCGGAGGCGAAGUGCAUGGACCCAGUGCAGCGGCAGGUCCUUGAGGUGUCAUACAUGUCCUUGUUGGAGCUCGGGUACGACAAGACGAGCUUGGCGCGAAAGUCCCAAAACAUCGGCCACUUCGUCGGCAUCGACAAGGACGAUUGGAUGUGCAUGGGCGCUGCGGGCUCGAUCACCCUCGAAGGGGUGCACAGCGCAGCCGGCGCCGCGAACGCCAUCACCGCCAACCGCUUCUCGUACACCUUUAACCUGAAGGGCACUAGCAUGACCAUCGACACGGCCUGCUCGUCCUCCUUGGUGUGCAUCCACGUUUCCAAGCUCCACCUACGAUACAAGGAUAAUGAGCCAAUGCCCGCCUCCGUAGUGCACGGCAUCAACCUGAUGUUGUUCCCGGGACCCUUCAUUGGCUGCUGCGCCGCUGGGAUGCUCAGCCACAACGGCCGCUGCUUCACUUUCGACAAGAGUGCCGACGGGUACUGCCGCGGGGAGCUGUCGGGCUCCCUGGGGUUCAAGCUCGACCAGAGGUUCGACAACGGCGAGAGCAUGUACGCGCUCCUGUCCGGCAGCUACUCCAACCAGGACGGCCGCAGCGCCACGAUGACGGCGCCCAACGGCCCCGCGCAGGAGAAGUGCAUCCAGGGCGUCCUCCGCGAGGCGAAGAUCUCGGCGGCCGACAUCGACUGCUUCGAGUGCCACGGCACGGGCACGGCGCUCGGCGACCCCAUCGAGGUCGGCUCCUUCCGGAAGGCCAUGAGCGGCGUGGAGCGGCGCCAGCCCGUGGUGAUCUCGUCCAGCAAGUCCGCCAUCGCCCACGGCGAGGGCGGUGCAGGGCUCGCUGGCUUCUUCAAGUGCGUCGCCCAGGUGUCCCACAGCGAGGGGGCCGCGGGGCUGCACCUCCGCGACCGCAACCCGCACCUGGACGUCGAGGGCUUCCCCGUGCAGAUGCUCACCGAGGCGGUGACGAUGGCCAACGACAGCGCCUACAGCGGCGUCUCGUCCUUCGGCUUCGGGGGCACGAACGCCCACGGGCACGCCUGGGGCAAGAACGUCUACACCUCCAGGGGUGCCGUCCGGCAGGCCCGCGACGUGAACAAGACCUUCGAGAGGAAGCUGAUGUCCGCGCCGCCGGCCGAGAUAACCAUGAACGGGGACGACGUGGCCGAGUGGGACACCACCGGCAUCGACCCGCGCGCAGAGCCCGACAGCAGGUGGAAGAUCAGCCUGGAGGACGACGGCGUGGCGGCGUGGGAGCAGGACGAGGCCCUCGAGGACUUCGGGGAGGAGUUCUUCCUCCAGGGGGACCACAACGGCUGGGAGCCCGAGGCCCUCGAGGCGAGCGAGAGCGUCCAGGGCCUCUGGACCGGGACGGUGUCUCUGGGGAGCAGCGGCGAGGCCCUGUUCCAGAUCCUCUGCGACGGCGACCACGACAAGGUGAUCCACCCGAGGCUGCCGCGGUGCACCAUGAAGGCCGCCAAGAUCGAGGGGCCGAGCAAGGCGGGGCGGGACAUGUCCUGGUGCAUCGUGGGCGAGCCGGGCGAGCGCUACCGGGUGGAGUUCUUCCAGCAGGACAGCUACGUUUCGGUCACCUGGUUCAGGCGCGUGGACUGACCCGAGGAGGCGUGAGCGACGGCUAGGGCCUCGCGGAUGGGCGACGGGUCGGCCGGCCUUCCCACCCCCGUUGGCCGGGCGCUGUCGGAGAGGUUCCUUUGGCCUCGAGGCCCAGGUAGGUCAGCUUUUACCAUAUCCCCACCUCCACUGUCACACCCUCCUUGGUGGGGAGCGGCCCCGCGAAGCCCGACGGAACAGGGCAUCUGUCCCUGCCUCGGUGGGUAAGUCGGCCAGUGGGGGCGUGGAUAUGGAUACGCUCGCCGCUCGUGAGCCCCUAAUUCUAGCGAAUCGUUUCCACGAGGGCCUCCGCGAGUUUGCCUC